GAGCUCGACCGGCAGUUCCGUACACGACUCUCGAACCGCCUCCUUUUUCAGGAGUUUCGGUUUCCGUUUCGGACACUUGUUCGCGCAAAAAACGAGACGGUUUUCUCUAUCCCCCCAUUUUCGCCUAAUCCCCAUAUUUCUCUUUCUCUCUCUCUUUCUCUCUCUCUCUCUCGCUCUCUUUCUCUCUCUCGCUCUUGCUCUCUCUCUCUCUUUCUCUCUCUCUCUCUUCUCUUUUCAUCUCUCUUGAGUUUUGUGUCACCUGUUUCCCCCCGUUUCUUCGAUCUUCUGUCAUUUCCCUUCAACCGCCGCCAUAGUUCGACGCGAGUUGCCACGUUUGAACUUCGCGGCGUACACGUACCGUGUACGCGAAGCUUGUACGGAAAGUUGCGCGUAUAUUCUUAUUAUUCGUGCUCGCCGUCGUCGACGAUCGUCGUCGCCGGAUUACCGCUCGCGUUUAUUGCAUUUCGCUUGUGUUUGAAUCACCCCGAAGUGCGCGAUGCAAAUUACAACCGUGUACACCAUGAGGGGAACAACGUCGUCGAACAAACACGGAUAAGGGAGAAACGAAGAAGAAACGGAAAGUGGAGCAACGUAGGCGAGGCGGAUGGGAGUGCGUAGAAAAAAGAGGGACAGAUGCAACAGGACAAGAAGGGCGACGAUGGUGAAUACGCGGGAGUGCACGUUCGCGCGAACGCGUGAUCCCUUCUGAAGAUGUACAGAGAGUGCGAUAAUAGAAGUGUUAUAAAAUAAGAGAAGAAAUUGGGAAGAGAGCAAAGUAGAAGAAAACAAAAAAAAAAAAAACGCGCGAGCGAGCGAGCGAGCGAGAAAACCGCGAACGAGAGAACGGUGAAUUUUCGUUGUCUACGUGGAACGCGCUUCGGUGGCAGAGGGAGCAGCCACGCUACGCGUUCGAAGUUGCCUGGAUACCGGGCAACACCGUGUUGCGCUCCGGUGAAGUAGGAAGCAGCGAAGGAGGCGGAGGUGGUGGUGCUGCUUCGUGAGAGAUGGAACGCGCGGUAGACUGUAGCGAGACGAGGAAGACGAUCAUCGGCCAGGCCGCGAACGCAGGAUCUUUCGCGAGAAUGUUCGAAACGCAUGGGAGCGUCUCUAUCGCGCGAACGUAGCGCGUUCUCUCUGCGAGUACGAUAAAUCGCCACCACCUCGUCACAGCACAGAACGGAGACCUCCUCGCGAACACGCACGUAACCGCGGAGCGCAGAAGAACGCUUGGUUAUGACGGCGAAGUCGGGAGGUGCGUUAGCGAGGGCAUCGUGUAUCGAUUAGCGAACGAUUCGUGCGGAAUUGAACUCGACUCGUGACACCUGCAUGAUGAUGAUGAUGAUGAUGAUGAUGAUGAUGAUAAUCGGUGACGCAGCGGGCGACAAAGCGCUUCCGGGCGAUACUCGCGGCGGUGACCGUUUCAUGUAGAGAGAGGUGAACACGCAAAAUUUGUGCAGUGCAAUCACGACGACGUGGCGCGGCACGUCGGGCUCGCUAGAAGAACAUCGGCAAGUCGAUGUCGAGCAUCAACCUGGAUUCGCAAAAUUCAUCUGCCAUGGCGCACCAGACAAGAGGUCUACCGCAGCUGCGAAUAAAAUUUUAUAAUACGGUCGCCGUCGUUCUCCAACUCGUCUUGCUCACAGUUCUACCUCAAGAAAGCCUUUGCGGGUACCACGAGAAACGCUUAUUGAAUCACCUGCUGUCAAAUUACAACACCUUGGAGCGACCGGUCGCGAAUGAGAGUGAACCGCUGGAGGUCAAGUUCGGCAUUACGUUGCAGCAAAUCAUCGACGUGGAUGAAAAGAACCAAAUACUCACGACCAACGCGUGGUUAAAACUGGAGUGGACGGACUACAAUCUCCAGUGGAACGAGACCGAGUACGGCGGAGUGAAGGACCUUCGAAUUACACCGAACAAAAUUUGGAAACCGGAUAUCCUCAUGUACAACAGUGCGGAUGAGGGUUUCGACGGAACAUACCAAACAAACGUGGUGGUCGGUAAUAACGGCAGUUGCUUGUACGUCCCACCGGGCAUCUUCAAGAGCACAUGCAAGAUAGACAUCACUUGGUUCCCCUUUGACGACCAACACUGUGACAUGAAGUUCGGAUCCUGGACCUACGACGGCAACCAGCUCGAUCUGGUACUCAACUCAGAGGAGGGUGGUGACUUAUCCGAUUUCAUCAUGAACGGGGAAUGGUACCUCAUCGGUAUGCCGGGAAAGAAGAACACGAUAACGUACGCGUGUUGCCCGGAGCCGUACGUCGACGUCACGUUCACGAUACAGAUACGCAGAAGAACCCUCUACUACUUUUUCAACCUCAUCGUGCCCUGCGUGCUGAUAUCGAGCAUGGCCCUACUGGGCUUCACCCUGCCGCCCGAUUCCGGCGAGAAGCUCACCUUAGGAGUGACCAUUCUGCUGUCGCUGACAGUUUUCCUGAACCUCGUGGCAGAAAGCAUGCCGACGACUUCGGACGCUGUCCCUUUAAUAGGAGUGACCAUCUUGCUAUCGCUGACGGUGUUCCUGAACCUCGUCGCCGAGACCCUGCCGCAGGUCUCCGACGCAAUACCCCUGUUAGGAUCAUACUUCAAUUGCAUCAUGUUCAUGGUGGCGAGUAGCGUCGUAUUGACCGUUCUGGUGCUCAACUAUCAUCACAGAACGCCCGACAGAUAUAACAUGCCAAAUUGGACGAGACAAUUGUUUCUGAACUGGCUGCCGCGUCUUUUGCGCAUGAGUCGGCCGGGCAAGAAGCUUUCGAAGAGGGGCAUUCUCAUGGGUAAUCGGAUGAAGGAUCUGGAAUUGCAGGAGAGGAGCAGCAAGAGUUUACUGGCGAACGUCUUAGACAUCGACGACGAUUUUCGUCGCGGGAACAGCUCCGCCAAUCCUAGCUGCAGCUAUAUGAGCAGGUCGGCGUACGGCACGCCUGCCCAUCUUUCGAGCAGACCGUCGACGAUCGAGGAGACAUCGGCGUCACUGCCUCUGAGCGGCAUGCAGAAGGAACUUCACUCGAUUCUCAAGGAGGUGCAGUUCAUCACAAGUCGCAUGAAAAAGAACGACGACGACGACGAGAUCGUUAGCGACUGGAAGUUCGCCGCCAUGGUGGUCGACAGGCUCUGUCUGUUCGUCUUCACGUUAUUCACGGUUCUGGCUACGGUGGUGAUACUGUGGCGUGCGCCACACAUAAUCGUCCAGUAAACAGACUGCCCCGGUCAAACCGUCAAAAUGCACACACAAAAUCUCAGAGAUAGCGCCUCCUUGAAUUUGGAACGACGUCCAACGACGAUUCAAGGAGACGGCUACGUCGAGCGCGUCGAAGUGACGGGAAAGCGCGGCAAAGGAAGAGGACUUGUCGCUGGCUUUCGCGCCUCUCCGCGCGACUCACCACCACCACCCCCCCAUUCUCCGCGCGCGAGAACGAAAAGGAACAUUCCGUAACGUUCCCGGGUUCCUAACGCUUGCGGAAAUCGCCGCCGGGUUGCGCGGCCCGGUUUCUUUCGCGAGGGUGCUUUUACUUAGGCGAAUAAGGAAGCAGAGCAAGAGCGAGACCAUCAACGACGUUCCACCACGAAACGCCACGGGGAAAGGCAGGAGACUUCCGGCAGCGGCGGUAAGGCGACGGCACAUCUCAAUCUUACCGGGGGAAACACGCCUGGGAAACGCUUCCGGCUUUCGUAAUAGGGCAAGAGAGAGGAUAAAUAAUGGAGAAGAAAACAAGAAGAAAUCGCCGAUUCCGUCGAUUUCACGCUUCGUUGCGGUUUACAUUUCUUUCGUUCUAAGUGACUUAAUUAACGUUUCUAGAAAUGCGAAGCCCCGGUACAGAUAGCGAUGCGAGUUGGACCGAGAGAUAGAGAGUGCCUCUAGAUCGUAAACGAAAGGUAGGUGUGAGGAACACGCUGUCGAGAAUGUCUGAAAGUGAAACAUAUCGCGAGAUCCCAUCGAUCGAAAUGUUUCUUUCUCUUGUAAUUUUUGUUUUCUCUUCGCGAUAAUCGAGAUCGAUUCUCUCUCGUUCGUCACAAUCGAUGCGAUCUCGCGACGACGGCGCGAAAUAGAGAAAAAACUUGCGCGACUAUAGUCGACGGCGUCACGAGAAAAAAAGGGGGGGGGGGAUCGCGCAGUCCUCGGAAGAGCGUUGUUGCGGCCUUUCGAUAAUAAAUAAUAACAAUAACGAUAUAUUUCUUAUAAAUAAUAAGAAUAAUAAUUAACGAUGUAAUUAAUAUACUGUUAGUCGCUUUGUGGAGCGCACGCACGUCCGCGCGCGAAAAAGUUAAACGACCCGAGUCGUUUUAUUACAAUUAAACGCCGCGAUCUGUUGAGGGUCUCUCGUGGGGAGCCGAGACGGACUUAAUAAAAUAACUGCCAUAUAGAAAUACAGGGGUGUUCAACCAUCUCGAGAAAAAAAAAACAAAAAAAAAAAAAACAAACAAACAAACAAAACGGAUAAGGAAAGUCAAAAAUCGUGCGGCCUGGACGAUCGGCAGGGUGAACGCGCGCGGCGCCGUGACCAAUAUGAACGAGAGAACCGAGAGACAGAGAGGAAAAGAUGGCUGUGUGUUACCGUUUGUGUUUCGUUCUUCGUACGCCCUUAUUUCUUCCGUACAAACGCCGGUUAAAGAAAAAAUGUCAAAGGCUGCGCGAAGCCUCCUCGCGAAGAAAGUAGUUUUUAAAACGGAAAUUUUCGCACCGUCAACGAUCGGCGCCGAUCGACCCUCCACGCUCGAUACAUAUUUUUUCACGUUCUCGCCGGCUUCAAAGACCCUUUAUCUCGCAUGUGCUCGAACGCUGACGUUAUACACACACGCGAAACCCUUCCGCGCUUCCGCCGGAUAUUCUCGCGCCGCAUGUUUGCCACUACACGGCGCGUGUAUCACGCAAGAGAGAGAGAUACAAGUGCAAUUGUAUACGCGGCUGUGACGCGUCGCUUAUUCGGUCGAUCGAAAGAGGGUCGAUCGAUCGAUCGGCCCCCCCGCUCAUUCGUUCGAAUCGUGCGAGCCGCAUGAGAACGGUGUGUAUCUUAUACGAACGCGCGCGUACACACACAUGUAUACACACACACAGACACACACACACACACAGACAGACAGACAGACAAAAGCGAGAAUGCGACAAGGGCGGACAAAAACUGCCAAGUUGGACCACCCCUGUUUUCGUACAGAGUCACGCGUCCUCGAGGACCUCGGUGAAUCCAUCGUGAUCAAGCGCUGCGAAAAAAGAAAAAAAAGAGGAUCGACAUAUAUAUCGGAGGACACGCUUACGUCCGCGACGACGAUUUAUGUUGCUUCGGUGGAUCGCGCGCGAUUUUCAUUGCCCGACUCUCUUUUCGUUGCAGACCGUUCGACGACAUUAAAAUGUGCUAUCGAUAUUAUAUUACACACCUUUUACCUCCGAUUAAGUCGAAGAUUUAUUUUCAAUCAACACACAUUUGUGUUGCGACGUUGUUAAAAAUAUUAAAUCUCGAAAAUGCGAUGUGUCGGAAUCUGCCGAUCGUAUAUUUUACACCGAGAUACGUUUAUCACAAUGUUGUUCGCGCUCAAUUCGUCGCGCGCGUUGUUUGUGAGCGCGCAAUCGUCGCUGUCUGUUUUAUUUUGCGAACGAUGUAAGAAGAAGACGUGACCCCCCCAGCGAGUUUAAAUCAAUUGUUUCUCAGCGCGGGGAAACUACUCUCUCUCCGGAGUACUCAUUAGCGUAAAACUUCCCGGGGUCGGGAUUGACUUUUUUACACAUGUGCGCGGCUAAUUACGAACCGCCGACUCGCGCAGAAUCCGCUCGUUAUCGCGCGCGUUAACGCGCGCGAGCUUUAUUCGCGGGUGUGUGUUUCGCGCGAGCGAGAGACACGAGUUUCCGUCUGAGUAUAUUGUAUCGUCGUUGAUUUGCCACACGCCGUUUAUUUUAUCCCUCCCUCCCGUUAGAAACGUUUUUGUCCAUUUCUCCGUGUUUCCUCCGUGUUGCGUUUCUCGCCGCGGUUCGGAAAUUCCAUUCAGAAUUGCUCUUCGCGUCUCGUUCAAGACCGAGGACAGAUUUCCCGUGAACUGGUUCCUAUUUGCACGUAUAUUUCAACAAACACACGCAGUAAUGGCACUAAUCUCGAUGGAAAUCUCGAGAGAGGGCGAUCCACCGGGGAUCAUCGCGGGGUUGAGAAAGAAACAAAAAAAGCGAGCAAAAUCAAAUCCGAUCGAAAAUCAUGCGAAAUUUGUUUUGCGAGAACAAAAAACGGUUUAUUUUAACGAUCACAUUGCCGACAAUCAUUUCGCGCGAGGGGGUGAGAAGAAUAAGGGAGAAAGUCCGAAUAAAAACGCGUGAUUGAUGAGAGAAUUGAUGAUGUACGACGACGGCGAGAUCCUCGAGACGCGCGAGGAGGGAGAACAGGACGAGGGAGAAAAAUUUGCGAAAUGUGAGAGAAACACAAUUUCGAAGCACAACGAACCGCAAGAAAAAAUUCGUGAGCACCACACGCGAAGGUGGGGGGAGGGGAGGGAAGAAGAAGAAGAUAAUUCGGAAGAGCCGUUUAUAUCACGUGAUUUCUCGACUCGCGAAUGCUUGUUGCGAUAAAACUGUUUACGAAUAUCGUUGCAACAUAAUAAUUUGUUGAUGAUGUGAAAUGAGAGUCGGUUAAAUAUCUAUCGAAUGUUGAAAUAUUUUAUACACGUAAUCGCGAUUGUGUAUAUAUAUGUGCAUAUAUAUAUAUAU